AUGCGCUUCAUAUUGCAGUCACUGGGGAAAAUCUAUCAGACCGGAGUUUCAAUUCACAUCGAAGCAUUAUAUCCAGCAGUACAGUAUCCAGUACCGGUCGGCACACCUAUGAUUUCCUCAAUGUGGCGCUGGGACCACAGCCAGGAUUGGCCAGUUAUCGAUGGUAAAACACUUUCAGCUGCUGGUGGCGGGCAAGUCCCAACAUCUUCCAGCUACACAGUAGACCCGUUUGCUUCUGAUUCGAAGGAAACAUUUUUGCUUGACCACGUUAUUGACGGGCGAGUACUGUAUCCGUUCACGGGACACAUGGUACUAGCAUGGAAAACGAUUGCAAAACUGAAUGGUGUCGAUUUUCAAAAAACUCCCGUAAUUCUGGAAGAAAUCCGUGUCUACAGUGCAACAAUUGUUACCAAGCCGUGUCAGUGGAAGAACUAUAUUUUGUCUACUUGUUUUUCGGGAUCUUCGAGAUUUCCUAAUUUGUUUAACGGAUAUGACGGACAUGAAUACUUGUCACUAACAUUCUCGCCCCACAGUUGUCUCAGCAACAAGUAG